AUGGCGCCGCGCAAUGUCAUUGAUAGUAACAUGCAUGGCGCCAAUUCCGACGCGCAGGAGCUAGAUUCUAGUCAGGUCUUAGAUGACAUGUUCAUGGCCGCAAGUCACCGCAGAGCCGUGAAGCGCGAGCAAGCGCAAGUCAACUACGAAAAGCGCAAGCUGCGUCUCCGUGCUGAGGUCGAAGCUGCCUUCUCCCAACAUGAGAAGCAAGUUCGGGAGUCUCAGAAGACGCAGCUCAAACGUCUGAUGAGUCUUCUUGAACGGAGAAAUGAAGUUGAGAAGCAACUCUGGGACAAUGUGCAGACGAUACAACGAGCUUAUGUUGCUCACACUCACGAACUCCAACUCGUGCUACGUGAACGGGUUGCCGAGACAUUUUCGGGCACUCAGUCGGUUGAUGAGCAUGGUCCAGUUCGGCACGAUGAUCAAUCGGAAAUCCCAAGAUGAUCGCCUCGGCAACCCUGACUUGAAACUCGCGGACCAGCGUGAUUGGUCGUUGAGCUAAUUUCAAAGGGAGCA